ACUGGAUGAACUUUCUUCUUUCAAAGGUGACGUUGUUCAUAUGCGUUUUGGAACAGUUUCGCUUUUACUUCGUCUCACUAAAAAACAUUAUUUCACGCUAAGGAUUUCAAGGUUUAUACGUGUAUUAACCAUGGGUGAUAAAGCUGAUAAGAAGCCCUUUGAACGCUUGCCCAACAAUGUCGUACCAAAAAAUUAUGCAUUGACUCUGACACCAAACCUGAAGGAUUUUACCUUCCUUGGGGAGGAAAUCGUUGAGCUGGAGGUAAAAACAUGCACCGACAAAAUUACCAUGAACUGCGCUGAGAUUAAUAUUUCCAGUGUUUCAAUAAAAAAUGGUGGUAAAGAUAUCAAGAGCAAGGAGAUAACCUAUGACAAAGAGAAGGAAACAGUUUGCAUUUUGUUCCCCUCUAAUCUUUCUGUUGGCUCAGGAGUACUGUGUAUGAAAUAUUUAGGGGAACUCAAUGAUAAAAUGAAAGGAUUUUAUCGUAGCAAAUAUAAAACCCCUGGUGGAGAAGAGAAAUAUUGUGCUGUUACCCAGUUUGAGGCUGCAGAUGCAAGACGAGCAUUUCCAUGUUGGGAUGAACCAGCCAUCAAAGCAACAUUUGACAUUACAAUGAUAGUUCCUAAGGACAAAGUCACAUUGUCAAACAUGGAUGUUAUAGAAGAGACUGCACAUGAGGAAGAUUUGAAGAUUGUCAAGUUUGCUAAAACACCAAUCAUGUCCACUUACCUUCUUGCUUUUGUUGUUGGCGAGUUUGACUAUGUUGAAGAUCGUGAUGAAGAUGGCAUACUUGUCAGGGUAUACACUCCUCUGGAAAAAAGUGAACAAGGAAAGUUUGCUUUGGAGGUUGCUGUUAAAACUCUUCCAUUUUACAAGAACUACUUUAAAAUUUCCUAUCCUUUACCUAAGAUUGAUCUUAUUGCCAUUCCAGAUUUUGCAGCAGGUGCUAUGGAGAAUUGGGGCCUCGUUACAUACAGAGAGACAGCUUUACUGGUUGAUCCUACAAACUCGUCCUCCUCUAGCAAGCAAUGGGUUGCUCUUGUUGUAGGGCAUGAGCUAGCUCAUCAAUGGUUUGGAAACUUGGUAACUAUGGAAUGGUGGACUCACCUUUGGCUGAAUGAGGGUUUUGCAUCAUGGAUUGAAUAUCUGUGUGUUGAUUACUGCCAUCCAAAAUAUGACAUCUGGACCCAGUUUGUGACAUCAGAUUACACCAGAGCUCUGGAUCUUGAUGCAAUGAAUAACAGCCAUCCAAUAGAGGUUCCAGUUGGUGGUCCGGAUGAAGUUGACGAAAUAUUUGAUUUGAUAUCUUACUCUAAAGGCGCAUCUGUCAUACGAAUGUUGCAUGAUUAUAUUGGGGAUAAGGAUUACAAGAAUGGACUUCAUCAAUACCUAACCAAAUUUUCUUACAAAAAUGCCAUGACUGAGGAUUUAUGGGAAAGUUUAUCUGAAGCAAGUGGUAAGGAUGUUGAGAAAGUAAUGACUUCCUGGACCAAACAAAUGGGAUAUCCAGUUCUUUUUGUUUCCGAUGAUAUACAGAAUGGAACCAAGCACAUCUUGACCAUCAUGCAGAAGAAAUUUUCUGCAAAUGGACCCUCUGAAGAGGAUACAAAGUAUAUUUGGAACGUUCCUCUAACCGUUUCAUCAAGUGAUAAUCCCAAAGACAUUGCCUCAAAAGCACUGUUGGAAACUCGUUCGUCCACCAUUGAAAUUAAAAGUUCAGCUGCAGUUAAAUGGAUAAAGGUAAAUCCUGGUCAAAUUGGAUUCUACCGUGUUCAUUAUACAGACGAAAUGUUGGAAACCCUUGUACCUGCAAUUAAGGAUUUGUCUCUGCCCCCUCUUGAUCGUCUUGGCGUUCAAAACGACCAGUUUGCCUUGGCAAGAGCUGGUUACUCAUCAACAGUAAACUUCUUGACAGUAGUUGACGCAUUCACAAAUGAACCAAACUAUACCGUUUGGAAUGAUGUUUCCACUAACCUGGGCAAACUUGCAACUCUUCUGCAGUACACUGAGUUUAAUGACAGUUUUAAAUCAUUCCUACGUCAGUUGUAUAAACCUGUCGCUGAUAUAUUAGGUUGGGAGCCCAAAGCAGACGAAGGCCAUCUCAAUGCUUUGCUGCGAUCUCUUGUUAUUCGUUUUCUUGGUAAAUGUGGUGAUAUGGAUAUCGUUCGCGAAGCCAAUAAACGUUUUGAUGCUCAUGUGAAGGGUGAAAGUUCAAUACCAGCUGACCUAAGAUCUCCCGUGUACUCGAUUGUGCUUGCUCAUGGUGACCAUAAUACCUUGAACACAAUAAAGAAUUUGUAUCGUAAAUCGGAACUGCAAGAGGAGAAAAUCAGACUGAUGACAAGUAUGGGUUCUGUGAAAGAACAUACCUUGAUACAAGAUGUUUUGAAUUUCUCUCUGUCGGAGGAAGUGCGUGCCCAGGAUACAGUCUUCUGCAUUGGUGGUACUGUCGGAAGUGUUCAAGGUCGUGAAAAAGCGUGGAAAUUCACUAAGGACAAUUGGAAAGAGUUCCACGAUCGCUAUAAAGGAGCGUUUCUACUUUCAAGACUCGUCAAGGUCACAACUGAGAAUUUUGCUACGAAUGAAAUGGCUGAAGACGUGGAGCAAUUCUUCAGAGAACACGACGCCCCGGCAGCUGAGAGAGCCAUUCAACAAUCAUUGGAAGGUAUAAGGUUAAAUGCACAAUGGUUAAAACGAGAUAAAGAUGCCAUUAAUGAAUGGCUGACAAGCAAAGGAUUUUGAAACAAGGAAAACAUAAACUACGUAAAAUCAACUUUUUGACGAUGUUAUGCCAUUAAUAAACUUUAUUAAUAAAAUUUCUUGAUAUAA